AUGUCUUACGGCAACGACAACAACGACUCUGGCUACGGAGGCAACUCCGGCGGCUUCGGCGGCAACAACAACGAUGACAGCAGCUUCGGCGGCUCCGGUGGCCGUGGCGGCCGCAACGACGACAACAGCUUCGGCUCGUCGGGCAACUCGGGCAACUCGGGCUCGGACAGCUACGGCUCCGGCAACUCGGGCUCCGGUGGCUUUGGUGGCAGCUCCGGCGACGACAGCUAUGGCUCGUCGGGCAACUCGGGCAACCGCGGCGGCCGCGGUGACGACGACAGCUACGGUUCGUCGGGCAACUCCGGUAACCGUGGUGGCCGUGGCGGUGACGACAGCUACGGCUCGUCGGGCAACUCGGGCAACUCGGGCUCCGGUGGUUUCGGUGGCAGCUCUGGUGACGACAGCUACGGUUCGUCGGGUAACUCGGGCAGCCGCGGCGGCCGCGGUGGCGACGACAGCUACGGCUCGUCGGGCAACUCGGGCAACUCGGGCUCGGACAGCUACGGCUCCGGCAACUCGGGCUCCGGUGGCUUCGGUGGCAGCUCCGGCGACGACAGCUAUGGCUCGUCGGGCAACUCGGGCAACCGCGGCGGCCGUGGUGGCGAUGACAGCUACGGCUCGUCGGGCAACACCGGCUCGGGCGGCUACGGCGGCAACAACAACGACAACAACGACAGCAACUACUAA